AUGGCGAGCAGCUUGGACGAGGAGGCGCUGCACCAGCUGUACCUGUGGGUGGACAAUAUCCCUCUGUCCCGGCCCAAGCGAAACCUCUCCCGAGACUUCAGUGAUGGAGUCCUGGUCGCAGAGAUAAUCAAGUUUUACUUCCCCAAGAUGGUAGAGAUGCACAAUUAUGUCCCUGCCAACUCUCUCCAGCAGAAGCUCAGCAACUGGGGUCAUCUGAACAGGAAGGUGCUGAACAGGCUGAACUUCUCGGUACCAGACGACGUGAUGCGCAAGAUUGCACAGUGCGCCCCGGGCGUGGUGGAGCUGGUGCUCAUCCCGCUGAGGCAACGCCUGGAGCAGCGGCAGAGACGCAGGAAGCAGGGCGCAGGCUCUUUACAGGAGCUGGCUCCCCAGGAUGGCAGUGGAUACAUGGAUGUAGGUUUGUCCCAGAAGGCCAGAGGGGAAGGUGCCCCAGGCCCCCAAGGAGAGGGGAAGCUCAGGGCGGGGCAGCCGCCUGCUCCGCGGACUACCGCGUAUAGCCAAGCGCUGCAGGGCGACCCGAGCUUCGUCCUCCAGAUCGCUGAAAAGGAGCAGGAGCUGUUGGCCUCGCAGGAGACAGUGCAGGUCCUGCAGAUGAAGGUCAGGCGCCUGGAGCACCUGCUCCAACUCAAGAACGUGCGCAUCGAGGAUCUCUCCCGACGGCUCCAGCAGGCGGAGCGUAAGCAGCGGUGA